UCAGCUUGCUUUCUUCAUUCUUAUAGGAGCAGGCAGAAACAGUUAUAGCAAGACAAAGUCGGAGAGAAAAAGCCAUAGAACAGUAAGCAUGGAUACAUUCUUCAAGGUGUACUUAAUAGCUAUUUUAGCUGUUUUAGCACAGUGUCAGAUGACAGAGAGGAAAGGCAGACCGGGAGGCUGGCAUGAUGUAAAGGUAGACGAUGACGGGGUUCAGAAAGUGCUGCAGUUUGCUGUAACUGAACACAACCAAGAAAGUAAUGGAGAGUUUAUGAAAGUCAACAGAAUAGUCACGGCUAGACGACAGGUGGUGGCUGGAAUGAAAUAUAAUUUAAAAGUCGAUGUUUCCAUCUAUAACUGCCAAGUCUCUGAUACUGAAAAUUGCCAAAAUCCAGAAAAUUCAGAUCAACAGAAAAAAAGGUGCACAUUUGAAGUUCUUACAGUUCCUUGGAUGAACACGACCGAGGUGAAAAGGAAACGUUGCUAUGACAGGAUAUGAAGAUUUACCUUCCAAAAGAAUCAAUAUAAAUGCAUUUUUGUAGCACACAGCAUAAUUUCUAUCCACAUAUAUUGUUUCCAGGUACUGGAGUUAUAAAAACUGUCACAAACACCCCUUUUUAAGGCUUGUUAAAUUAAACUGGGCACAAUGUAACAAAACAAAAAAAGAAAAGCACCACUCAAUUUGAAAUUUCAAUAAACACUCAGUGAAUAAAAGUACUUGAUUUGAUACAAUGAAAGUCGUACAGUAAUAGGAAAAGUGGCUAUUGUUAUUUUUCCUGAUUGCGCAGAAUAAUUUGGACGCAUAUGUAUACUUGCACUAAAUGAUUGUACAAAAAUCCCAAUGAUGGGAUCAAACGAGAGCAAGAGAUAAUUAAUAAAAUAAAUUACCUUUUUU